GGAGUCCUGGUUCCAUCUUCAGCCAUCUCUUCGUUCUGUCUCUAUCAUCUCUCCCUCUCCUCUCUACACGGGAAGAACAGAUGGGAGGAGACGCUUCUCCUGAUAGUGUUUUUUCCUGCAGCGGAGAAAACGCCUCUGCUGCCUGCGGGUCACGGGUCCGAUCACUCACAUCCCUCACGCUGCAGGUUUCUUUCGUUGGGGUGUGCCCGCACCUUUUUUUCUUUUUUCCUUACAUGGAUCGAGGACAUUUCGUUACUAACUGGAGGUGCGACCUUUGUGUAAAUCUCAGCUGGAUUUUAACCUUCCCGAUUGGCCCCUAAAAUGAGAGUACGGACAGAUGCGCUCCUUUCAUCCUUUCUCUGGCCGCUGAUGCACUAAAGAUGCGGCUGGUCGUGCGGGUACCUGUACAGUUUUUGCACCGGUAGACUGAUCCAUUUUCGAUGCUGCAGAAUCCAAAGGGACUAAUAAAGAGAUUUACCUAAGAAGCGAAUUCACCACAGACAUCCUUCCAGAUGGAUAACUACUCUGCUCUACCGCUGCAGUGUCUGGAAAUGACCACUAAGCGAAAGCUGAUUGGCCGGCUGGUGCCAUGCCGCUGUUUCCGUGGUGAAGAGGAAGUGAUAUCAGUGCUGGACUACUCUCAUUGCAGUCUUCAGCAGGUCCCCAAGGAGAUCUUCAGCUUCGAGAGAACUUUAGAAGAGCUCUACCUGGAUGCCAACCAGAUUGAAGAAUUACCCAAGCAACUCUUCCAGUGCCAGGCCCUAAAGAAGCUGAGCUUGCCUGAUAACGACCUUUCCAAUCUUCCUACCACCAUCGCCAGCCUGGUUAACCUCAAAGAGUUAGACAUCAGUAAAAAUGGAAUCCAGGAGUUUCCAGAUAAUAUAAAAUGCUGUAAAGGCCUGUCUGUGGUAGAAGCCAGCGUCAACCCCAUAACAAAACUCCCAGAUGGUUUUACGCAGCUCCUGAAUCUGACCCAGCUCUUCUUAAAUGAUGCCUUCCUGGAGUAUCUGCCCGCUAACUUUGGCAGGCUCUCCAAACUACGGAUUCUGGAGCUGAGAGAGAACCACCUGAAAACGAUGCCAAAGUCCAUCCACAGACUGACACAGCUGGAGAGGCUGGAUCUGGGUAGCAAUGAAUUCUCUGAAAUGCCAGAGGUGCUGGAACAGAUACACAGCCUUAAGGAGCUGUGGCUGGAUAACAACUCUCUACAGUCUAUACCUGGGUCAAUAGGGAAGCUUCGUCAGUUGCGGUACUUAGAUUUGGCCAAAAAUCGCAUUGAGUCUUUGGACAGUGACAUCUCUGGCUGUGAGGCCUUAGAAGAUCUACUGCUAUCCUCCAAUAUGCUGCAGCAUCUGCCAGACUCUAUAGGAAUGCUGAAGAAGCUGACCACUCUAAAGGUAGAUGACAACCAGCUGACCGCACUGCCUCACACUAUUGGGAGUCCGAAGCCAAAGCAAGGCCUGUCUCUUUUGGAGGAGUUGGACUGUAGCUGUAAUGAGCUGGAGUCGUUACCUCCCACUGUUGGCUACCUGCACAGCUUGAGAACUUUUGCUGCAGAUGAAAACUUCCUCAUAGAGCUGCCACGGGAGAUUGGUAACUGCAAGAAUGUGACGGUGAUGUCACUUCGGUCCAACAAGCUGGAGUUUCUGCCUGAUGAAAUAGGGCAGAUGACCAAACUACGUGUUCUUAACCUCAGCGACAACAGGUUGAAGAAUCUACCGUUUACCUUCACCAAGCUGAAGGACUUGGCAGCUCUGUGGCUCUCUGACAAUCAGUCCAAAGCUUUGAUCCCACUGCAGACAGAAGCUCAUCCAGAAACCAAACAGAAGGUUUUGACCAACUACAUGUUUCCACAACAGCCCAGACAUGAUGAAGAUUAUCAGUCAGAUAGUGACAGCUUUAAUCCAACACUGUGGGAAGAACAAAGACAGCAGAGAAUGACCGUUGCCUUUGACUUUGAGGACAAAAAAGAAGAGGAAGACAACUCUGGGAAGGUCAAGGUGGAAAUAAACUUAAAGCGCUACCCAACCCCAUACCCCGAAGAUCUGAAAAACAUGGUCAAAUCAGUGCAGAGUCUUGUGGGUAAAGGCAUGCACCCUGGACAUGGGCACCAGCAUCAGCUGAGCUCAGGCAGCGCCACCUCAGCAGGAACCAACAUGGAACAUACACACCUCAGCAAAGAAUCAUAUGAGCCACCAUGGCCCCUGCCUCCUAAAGAGUUGAUGCAGGUAUUUGAUUCAUUUGAUGGACGAAAUGAAACUGUUUGCCAGGUGACUGACAGAGAGAUGCAGGACUUCUCUCAGUCUCAGUUAAUGGAUCAAGGAUCAAUGCAUAACUCUGGCAUUGACAUUCCCAAGAGGAAGGACAAAGAGGACUUGACAGAGAGCUCUGAGGACUCAAUGGGUGGUUCUCCGAACGAUAUCCGUAUCUCAGACAUGAGGCCAACUCUGGUGGAGCCACCAAUGUACAAACCAAAGGUGGUACUGCUGGGGAAGGAUAAAAAAGAGUCAACAGAUGAGGAGGUGGAUAAACUCCACUGUCUGAACCACAGUGGUUCCUCAGCCACCUACUCUGACUACUCCCCCUCCCAGGGCUCCUCAGGCUCCUCCAAUCCUUCCGCCAACACACACUCUCAUGCACACUCACACAAUCCUGGCCUGCAGGCCCCAAAUAAAGACCAAGCCCCUCAAACACAUUGGACCAACAGACUUGCCCAGUCAUUUCCAAAGCCUAUUGACUCCAAACCCCUGCUGUCUCAGAGAGAAACUCCUCCAUCAGGAACCCUGCAGCAACGGGGAGAUCGGCGUCCGCUCAGCGAGCCUUUUGAUUGGUCUGAGGCUCAACACUAUGAUAACACAGGUUUUGAUGCUGAAGAAUCUCCUAUGGACCCUCCAUCCUCUAAUACAAGUCAGGGUAACCCUCCUCUGGGCUCCAAACCCCGCAGUCAGUCAGCACAUGGCCGCCGGCCGCUUCUCAGGCAAGAUCGGAUUGUAGGAGUCCCUUUGGAGCUGGAUACCCAAACACUCCCCUACCACGGUAACCAACGUUCAAAUGCGGAUAAUGACCAUCAGUCCUCUGGACCUCCCUCCCAGAACCCCUGGCAGAACUGGACCAGAACUCCCAGCCCUUUGGAGGACAGAACCGCUUUCCCCUCGAAGCUGGACCUGACACCCACCUCAAGCCCCAACCCUGAUCGUAAAGACAUUGACUCAAGACUGGAGCAAGGCUCAGGACCUCUGCCUGGAAGCUGGACAUAUCACAACAGUCAGGGGGAGCAGAUCAGGAAGGAUCAGCUCAGUGUUGGUGGAGGAAACAAAGUAACAGUGGUGAUGAGUAAAAGCUCAGACCGACUCUCUCCAAUGAUGAGGGAGACGCGAUCCAAGUUUAAGAAGUCCCAGAGUAUAGAUGAGAUUGACAUUGGCUCCUACAAAGUCUACAGUAUUCCUAUGGAAAGCUACAGUUCAUCCAUUGAACAGCAGACUAGUUUGGACCGUCAAGAGCUCCCUGGUUCCAUGGAGCAGACCAGCAUGUCAAGGUCUCAGUCUGCACCCAUGUUAGACGAUGAGAUGGGCUUCCCAGGACAUGGAGGUAGCAGCCAGAAUCAGUCUGGACAAAAUCAGAAACCUACCAUUCCUCACAAGGCCUAUCACUUUGACCAAAACUACAACCCCCAGAUGACCAUAGAUCGCAGAAUCCCUCCCCCCUUCCCUAACACACCAGAUUAUGUUAACCACUCAUCAAAGGCCAUGGAUUACUUGAGUCAGCCUGGGAAGACACUACCCAAGGAGCUUGUGAGUCCUCGUUAUCGUGCGUAUCCACCACUGGAGAUGUUUUCAUUCCCCCAAGGCCCAAUCAACCAGGACGGUUCCCACAGCCAGCAGCAGCAGCAGCAAACUAUCUCAACUCAGCGCUCCAGGCCAGGCUUUUUGAGGAGAGCUGAUUCUUUGGUAAGCUCUACAGAGCUUGCCUUAUUUCGUAGAGUUCAUGAAGCCCAGCAGGAGGCGCUACAAGAAGCUCAGUACAAGCAGCAGACGGACCCCCCUCAUUAUAGUCGGGCUCUUGCCUAUUCCUCCCCCAUGGAACACUCUGCCCUGACCAACAUGUCUGACAACCAAAACCAAAUGAUGCACAACAAGAGAAACGGUCGCUAUGAUGAUGACUAUACCACAUACCAGGAACAGAAGAAGCCCAUGAUUGGUUAUCCGACCAAAAGUCUGACUCAGCGUCGCCCCCUGUCAGCUAGGAGCUACAGUACUGAAACCUAUGGAGCAUCUCAGGCCCGUCCGGUGUCAGCUCGUCCAACCAUGGCUGCUUUGCUGGAGAAGAUGCCACCCGACUACACUUUGGCAACAUGUCCUGAGAAACCGUCUGAGGACACCAUCAAAGUUAGACCUGGUGUGCAGCCGAAACCAGAGGACAUCACUUCAAAGAUGCCAGCUGACUGGAGGCAACAACUUCUUAGGCACAUAGAGGCCAAACGAUUGGACAGGAGUGGUGUCCUAAAGCACAACACGCUCACGCUGGGCAUGCUCUAUCAGGGUCACGGCCAGGGGCGCAGCACCACUUUGAACUUUAACCUUUAUAAUAACACUAGGCAUGAGCCCCCUGCUGGCCGCUGGCUGCCACUACCUCCUCCUCCAUCUGCCAUCACCACACCUUCCCAGCAGGCUGCAAUGCUGGAUAAUGACCAAGAGGAGGUCCCAGGGAGCAACCAGUGGGCUCCCUACUCUCUUGGUCGAAGAGACGUUCCUCCAGAGAACCUCAUGAAAAAGGGUGGACAUUCACACAACUCCUCACAUCAGUCACACAACACUAUGAUCGUCACCUCCACCUCUUCCUCCUCGUCCACUGUGCCGCAUCGUGUCGUUGGGCAGCAGGUUUAUGAUGGGAUGAUGAACAAGGGUGGGCAAUACCAGCAAGGAAUGUCCCUGUCAGUAGUACCUGCUGGUGGCCCCGGGCAGUACCAAGGCAAUGUUUCACAGGCUCUUUCUUCCCCUGGCCAGGCUUAUCCGAGUAGUGGCCUGCCCAUGGCCCUGUCAUCGUCUGGAAACCAAUCUCAAUACAACCCUCACUCCUCCCAUCAGUCCUCCAUGCCUGCAACCAAUCCACAGUAUCAUGUCAAUCAAGGCAUGGUCCACAGCAACCAGUCCGUCAUGACUUCCCACAACAACCCGAGACCUCAGAGUGCUCGAUGUCUGCUACAAACUAAAGGCCAGAAAAGCAUGGAUGGUUACCAAGAGCAGUUGUGUGUGAGAAUAGAGAAGAACCCCGGCCUUGGCUUCAGUAUCUCUGGUGGCAUCAGUGGCCAGGGGAACCCCUUCAAACCCUCCGACAUGGGUAUCUUUGUUACUAGGGUACAGCAUGACGGGCCUGCUGCCUCCGCACUGAAGCCUGGAGACAAGAUACUACAGCAUGACUGUGUAGCUCCUCCUCUUCUCUCUCUUUUCCCCCAACAGUGAUGUGUUACUGAGAUAAUGAUGGCAGUGACCCUCCAUCCUUCCACAAACACUCACACAUUGACAUGUGUAUGGAAAAUCUGCAGAACACAUACCUCUAUACACGAAUGCGAGCACACACACAUGCUGUUGACUGUGCUGCGUGUUUGCCUUGCAGGCUAAUGGACAUAGUUUUUUACACAUGGAGCACGAGACAGCCGUCUCCCUGCUGAAGAGUUUCCCUCGGACAGUGGACUUGGUGGUUCUGAGAGACAGCAGCACGCGAUAGAAAUAGUUUUAUAAUAAACAGAUCCACCUCCCACCUCUACUCAUCUCCACUCAACUCUGCUGGAGGCUUGUGGAGCUGACAUAUGAGCCGCCUUUUUCUUUCUUUUGUAACCUUUUUAAAGGAACACACAGACAUAUGUUUGCCUAUUGCUGGACCAAAGGCAAAUACUAGUGCCAAAUGUACCAUGGGAGACAUAUCUUCUCAUCGUUUCACCGGAGGUCAGGGGCCUGAUCGAUGGAUGGACAGACCAUGAGAGGAUGCAACACUUUUUGAGUUCCUUCAGGGCUGCUGCAGUUUGGAUAUUUUGGUUGGUUUUGAAUGAGAAAGUUAUUUCAUCAGCUAAUCAGAUUUCCAUUUUUUCUGUUUUUGCCAAGUCAGUUUAAAGGAUUUUUUUUUAACCUUUUCUUUUUUUCCCCCUUGCUAUGUAUUGGUUGAAAAUGAAUGUGUAGCAUCACGUUUAUUGCCUUGUUCUUAAUUGUUAUGUCUUCUCCCAUUAACGUUUUUUUUUUUUAUUAUUAUUAUUAUUUUAUUUACUUUGUUCUUUGUUAUUAUCUUUUUUUUUGUCUCAUAUUGUGUUGUGCCAACUAAUUUCGCCUCCAAUGUACAGAUAACAUUUUGCCUUUUUGUACAUAUAUAAAGAUCUGGCUUUCAUGAGUUGCACUCUUAAUUGGACCCUGGCAGAAAGCUCUAAAAGCUUAUGAUUAAUAUAACUGUAUUAAGCUCUAUUCUAUUUUUUUUCCUGUUAUUGCACAGGGAUAAUUUCUAUAUAGCUUUUUUUUCCAAAGCACACCACUAUUUCAACUGUAAUAGAAAACCCUUUUCAUAAAAUAUCAUUGCUGAUAUUUUUUCUGUUGAAACACUUUUGCUAGCUGUGUUGAAAAGAGCUAAAAGCAAUAUUUUUAAUGCUCAGCCCACUGAGCUUUUGCAGCUGAGCCAACCUUGUCCUCUAGUGCCAUCUACUGUACAAUUCAUGCUAAUGUUUACACUCAUACUGCCAUUCACUUAACAAAUACCCUGUGCCCCUGCACUCCUAUAGUACAUUUGUACGCCCUGUGCACUGCUGCAUUACAGCACCCAAUUUGUAUCUUAGGCUCAUCACAGAAGACAAAUUAUUAUUCCUUUACAGCAGUGAAGGCAACUGUGCUGAUGUUUGAAAGGAAAGUCCUGUCUUCUUCCAUCUCCAGAAUAAAAAAAAAAUGUUUUUGAGAAGUAAAAAUUAUAGAUAAUUGUGUGAACUGUUUGUUCACACAGGUUCAGAAUAACAGAGAUACAUUUUACAUUGGCCUGGAUUAGACUUAAACUUAAAUCUGGAUUCAGUGCUAAGCUUGUUAGCUGAACUAUAUCUCAAAGGGUUUGUUGUUACAGUGCCUUCACAAAAGUAUUCCUACCCCUUAAACGUUUCCAUAUUUAACGUUACAACCACAAACUUCCUUAUAGAUUAGAAGAAUUGUACUUGAUAGACUAAGUUUCCAGCCCUGAAGAAAGCGUUGUAGAUUUUUUGUAAAUGAAAAAUAUUUGAAAAAACUUUGUAUCAUAUUUCUUCAGUACAUAACUUUUUGUAAACCUAUCCUAAAAUCCUUCUAAUAUUGAAGAUGGUGGUUGUAAUGUGGACAAAAUGUGAAACUACAAGGGGUGUGGAUAUUUGAAAUGCACAGUAUACUUCAAUUUUCACUCAAACAUGUGUUGCCCAAAGUGUGACAUUUAAGAUUUAGAGAAAAAAACGGAAAGGAUAAGAAGCAAAAUGUGUUUUGGAGAACUUGAUGUUGGAAAUUUUUGGCCAAAGAGUGGUGGUCAUAUUUACAGAGUUAUAUUGAUAUGACAAAUAUAACAAUAAAAAAAUAUAUUAUGUUUUAUGCCUUAUGGUAAUAUUUUUAUCAACUGCAUAUUUCACCUUACUUACCUGUGCCCCAUUUUGUGUCAAUUUCCCUCUAAGAAACUUCACACUUUCAUAAGGACACAACAUGGCACAGUUUAAAUAUUGUGGUUGAGAGAUUGAACCCUAUUUAAAGUUUGAAAUAUUGAAAAUUAUUAUGUGAAAAGAGACAAAUGUUUGAUAAUAUAAUUAUUUUUUACUCUAUGUUUCAGGUAAUUCUUUCUAAAUACAUUGAUAUAUCUUAGCUUUGCUCAAAAAUUGUGAUAUUUUGUAAAGACACUUGUAUCAAAGAUAUGGACUGAAGUACACACAAUGUGACUUGAAGACCUACACAUGUACUAUCCAAAACUUGUAUAAAAAAUUGUAUUUCUACUGUAAUUGUGAAUUUGUGUUAUAAAAAUACAUAAUAUAUAUAUGUAUAUGAAAAUAAAGAAACACCCAUUUUCUAUGUGUUUAGAUGAUAUAAGAGAUGAACAAAUGAAGACAGUUUUACUGUAUAUAAACUGUGAAUGAAAUAUAAUUUAAAAUUACUCAUAUUAAUUGUGAAUGUACUCAUGCUUUCUGCAGUACUUAACACGUACCCAACUUGAAUGCUGCUUCUUCUGUAGUGUGACAAUGUACUUUGACCUCCGAGGUGAGAAAUACUGUCAAGUUAUAAGUUGGACAAAUUUUAGUGACGAUCUUACAGAACUAUUUAUUUAUUUAUUUAUUUGCACAUGCAAGUUGAAAUCCUUCCAGUUUUAAGUUUGAGUAUCAAUGCGAGAAGAAAUGCAAUUGCUAAAGUAUAUAUAAUAUAUAUCAUGUGUUUAGAAUGCAUUUUGCAGACACUACCUGUACAUACUAUUUAAGAUACAGUUUUUACAAAAAAAAUUAUAUGUAUAAAACAGAAAAAAUGCUGUGCAGCGAUUAUACUGAAGCCAUUUUGGGCUUCAGGACAUACCAUUUUUUCAAUAUAUAAGAAGUGUUUUGAAUAAUGUACUAAAGUCUCUAUUGUACAAAUAAUAAAAAUGUCAAUAUUGGUAA